AUGCUCCGCGAGGACGGCAAUUUAGGCGCUCCCUCGGUACAAAUUUCAUCACUUCAGUGUUUUUUUAUUUAUUUAUUUUUUUCAUUUUAUUUGUAAAUAAUAUUUUUUUCAGUCGGUUUUUGAGAUUUAUUUAAAGUAUAAUAACCUUGAUUAAGAAUAGUAUUUUUUUAUUUUUUUCGAAAUUCCGUUUGGAAAAAGGUUAAAGUACAUUAGGUACAUUUUUUCUUGAUAACUUCUGAUAUCUUUUUUUUUUGGCCUAACGCCAAGUUUCAACCAAACUAAACUACACUGUUCCUUUGUUCUAAUCAGAUAAAUUUCAAAUAAAACCUUCUGAAAAAUGUCAGAAUUUUUUUCGCAAAAUCGUGGCUUUUUGAAAUUUUUUGAUAAUUGUUUCUUUAAAGUUUCAAGUUUGAUUUUUCACUUUUUUUCAAAAAAAAAAAGUUGGCUACAAAGUAUCCUCAAAUUUUCGUUAUCUGCCGGUUCAAAGUACAUCACACCACUUUUUUCCGUUUCUGACGUCAUUCGCGUGAUUUUCUCUGUUUACUUCACGUGUGUACCUCGGUUUCCCUCAGCUUCAGUUGAAUUUAUUGUGGCAGUUUGUCAGUUUCAAACCUUUUCUUUGUGAAGUUUACUGGUUCUUUCUUCAAAACUGCCUAUAAAUAUUAUUAAGCCUUUGAUAAAAAAACAUUCUUAGCUCCUUAAAAUUUUUUUCGGAAUGGGUUUAGGUCUCUUGUUUUUCAAGUUUUCAAGGAUAAUCAUCAUUUUUUUGACAUUUUUUUGUGAAAUUUUUCUGCAACUUUAACUAUUUUUUUCCUAUUGAAAAGGUCUUUGCUGAAAAAAACCUAUUAAAAAAAGCGCUUAUAAACGUUUUUUUUUCUCUUAUAACUCGCCAUUCGAAGAAUUUUUUUCUGAAAUACGCUUGAAAUUAUUCAAAUUUCAGAACUUCAAGUUGCAAAAAUUUUUAUUUCGAAAAUGAGAAUUUGGUCUUCAGAACACGUUUUUUUAAGUAAGUUUCUCAUAUUUUUUUGCUUUAAAAUGAAGUUAAAAAAAUGAUUUAGUCACGACUGGGAAACAGUAGCGAUGGCCGCAUACCGAAAAAUAUCCCAACCCAUUAAAUCGGGCAGUCACUGGUAGGUUUUCAUUUUUAAAUAGAUAUACAAUGGUUUUUUUACAAGCACUUCUGACAUGUGAAGUUCGAUUAAAAGUCUGUUUUUGGAUCAAAUUUAUAUGAUUUUUGUAGGUUUUCUUCAUUUUUGGUCGUUUUUUAUUAUAUUUCUGCUUUAUUUUCAGUUUAUUCAUUUUUCAACACCCUCUAUGGAACUUUUAAAAAAAGUUGAAUAAUCGUUUGAAUAUGUUUAAUUUGAACUAAAAUUGAUUUUUUGUCUGUUUCCUUCAAUUCUAGUCGUUUUUGGUUGUACUGCUCUAUUAUUUUUAGUUUUUCUUCGCUUAUUUUGUAACUUUACAUCAUUUUUCACCAUCUUCUUAUGUUUCUUAUGAUGUAAAAAAGAAAUAUCCGAAGCGGUUUUUCGCUUUUUCUAUAGAAAAAAGGCGGAAAUCCAUGCGAAAGAGUUGAAAAUUGGUGUAAAGUUACACAAGGCUUUGAAAAAAAUGAAAUCGAGGAAGCUUUACAGCGAGGAAAUUUUCAGUGUUUUUUGAAAGUUCAGUUGGAUGUUGAUGAUUUUUAAGACAUGUCUAUAAAAGAAAAUUUUUCUGUUUGAACGGAAAACGUUCCAAAAUGAAGCAUAAGAGCUUUCAAAAUUCAUAAAAUGUCGUUUUUAACCGUUUUCUUGAUUUUUUUGCUCCACAAAAAGCUCUUUAUUCAUAGAGAAAGUUGGAAAAAAAAGUCGAUUUUUGUCGUAAAAACAGCACUUAAAGAAAUAAAAAAUUUAGCUGACGGUUGAAGAUUUUCAGCUGGACUAUUUUACAAGGGUUAAAAUGGAAAACGGAGCAAAAAAAGCUCUAAAAUUUGAUAAAAGUUAAUUUUUUUCGCUUUUUUUCUUGAUUAUUGCUUCACAAAACCUCUUUAUUCACAAAAGAAAUUUGAAGAAAAAAAGUUGAUUUUUGUCCUAAAAAUAGAAGUUAAAGGAGCGAAAAGUUCAGCUGAAGGUUGAAAUUUUCAAAUCAAGGCUUUUCAAAAAAUACUUUUUUGAUGAUUAAGACCGAAAAUGUCUCAAAAUGGAGCAAAAAUGCUCCGAAAUUUGAUAAAAUGUCACUUUUCGCUUUUUUCUUGAUUAUUGCCUCAGAAAAUCUCUUAAUUCACAGAGAAAUUUGGAAAAAGUCAAUUUUGUCGGUAAAACAACGCUUAAAGAAAUGAAAAGGACUGUUUUUUUAAUUAUUAAAAUGGAAAAUGUCUCAAAAUGAAGCGAAAAUGGUCUGAAAACUGAUAAAAUGUCCAUUUUUUUGCUUUUUCCCAACCAAAAACUUCUUUAUUUGAAGAGGAAAUGAACUAAAAAUGGACCAUUUUAAAGCUAUUAAUUUAUUUUUUAUCAUUUUCCCUUAAGGAAUCGACAUUCUGAAGCAUUCCUUCGACGCCGGCCGACUAUUAUCCGAAAGAUUGAUCCAGUCGCAUUUUCAAAUCCCCUCAUGGGCCACUAAAGUUCGAAUUUUAAAGAUUUCCCCCCUAAAAAAUUGAAUUUUUCCAGCUCACCGGCUUUUCCGGCACCCAAUAUUCACACGAAUACACGGUGAUCGACCCGACGAAGCAGGAAAUGUCGUUGAUUACAAGAAAUGUCGGUUUUUCUAUGGUUUUUAAAAGAAAUAGCUCUUUUUCAGUUAAACGCCUCGAGUUUUCUCAGAGUCGAUGAGAAGCUCACCUAUCGGCCCCUUGAGGAGGAUCCUACCAAGUUAGUUUUUGAGCGGGGGGAGAUUCAAAAAAAUGGUUUUUCUAAUGAAAAAAAUGGCUUGAAGGUAUUUUUUUGGUGCUUUCAUAGCUCACAAAAAGUAAGAAAAAGGCUCAUUUUUUUCUCACUUUUUUUCUUAGAAAAAAAGACCUUUUCUUCGACUUUUUAGUCACUUUUCCUAUGUCUUUUUCUGCAUUUUCUUCUUUCUUGUACAAUUUUACUCCAGGAGAAGUGCUUUUUCCAUUUUUCGGAUCAAAAUCCAAAAAAAUGAGGUUUUUCAAUUAGCUUUUUUUAGUCACUUUUUUUCAGACACCACUCUUGCUGUUGAAAGAAAGUUUAAAAAAAUUAUUUUUUUAAAUAAAAAUUGUCAUGAGAAAGUUUUUUUAGCUGAAAUACCUUUGAAAAAAAUGGUUUUCCAUUUAAAAAUGCAUUGAAGGAGUUUUUUUGGUGUUUUUCAUAGCUCACAAAAAGUACGAAAAAGCUCAUUUUUCCCACUUUUUCUUAGAAAAAAGACCUUUUCUUCGACUUUUAGUCACUUUUCCUAUGUCUUUUUCUGCAUUUUUUUUUCUUACCUGUAAAAUUUUACUCCAGGAGAAGAGCUUUUUCUGAGAGAAAGGUUGUAAAAAGAAGAUCCAGAAAAUUUUCUUCAGAAAAAAAAACUCGAGAAAAAGAUUUUCCAAAUAAAAAUCCAAAAAAAGGAGGUUUCAGCUGCUUUUUUAGUUUCGAAAGUCUAAUUUUUUUCCGUUUUUUUCAUUAGAAAAAAAGAGCCUUUUCAUCAGUUUUUUUGUCACUUUUUCCUUAUAUCUUUUUUUGCAUUUUUUUCUUCUUUUUCUGUGCAUUUUUUUACUCCAGGAAAAAAAGCUUUCUCAAGAAAAAAAGGUAUAAAAAAAUAAGAAGCCAAGAACUUUUUUUCUGUGAAAUAAAAAAAUGACAUGAGAAGUUUUUCUAGCUGCUCUUAUUGCUCAUGAAAAAAACUACAAAAAGCUCAUUUUUUUCCGCUUUCUUAGAAAAAAAUAUUCUUUUUAUGGUUUUUUUGUGAAACCCUUAUUGCCAUCCUUGGCUGUAGGUUUUUGUGGUGGAAUUUUUAAAAAUUUUGACACUUUUUAAAAAGCCUUUCCAUUAAUUUUUUUGCCCUUUUUAGACGUCUUUUUGAUUUUUCCUCUUUGUAAUAUACAGUUUCAUCCCAGGAGAAAGGCCUGUACAAGAAAAAAAGUCAUCAAAAAAAUUGCUAGGUUCCUUUUUUUUCUUGAAGUCUUUCUUUAAGACCGUCCUUGACCGUGGUUUUUUUAAAUUUAAUUCAUGAAUUAUUUCUAUUUUUUGUUGAAUUUUCAAAUGAUAUUUCAGGACAGUACUGAAACAAGACGUGAGCGUGACAAUCACAUUGCCAGCUUUUGCCGAUUAUUGCGAAAAGACGUUUUUGAGCGUCUAUGAAUCGAAUGCCGAGAAGGUGAGACUUCAGAAACUUCUCAUAGUCUCUCAGGAAAAAAAAAACUGAAUAGGACUUUUGGGAAAAAAAUAUCUUUAUUUUUCAGAUUUUGACCUUUUUUUUGCUCAAAAAAUGACCACAAUUAAGGAACCCCCGAGGAGUCCCUGUAGGGAUUUUAACCCGGAAGUUUGAGUGGUCCCCAUAGGGGUCUUUUUUUUUUUAGUUUCGGAACGCCAGAGUGGUUCCUUUAGAAUUUAGGGGAAAACAUCCCCUAUAUGGGGCAAAAAAGUGCUCCCUAUAGGGGUAAGGUUUGCGAUGCUCCUACUGGGAAAAUUGUCAUGGGCCACUAAGAGGCUCGCGAAUGACUACUUUACGAAGAGGACACUAAAGUGGUCACUAAACCCACCUCUAUAUUGGCCACUAUUUUCCGUUUUAGUGGCCACUUCAGUAGUUUUUCAUCCAGUAUUCUUUCCAGUAACUCUAAUAAUUUUAGAAAAAACAGAUUGGACCAGUUAUUUUGAUCCAUUGACCCCUAAAGGGUCCACUAAAAUUUUUAGUGAUCUAGUAGUAGCACUUAAACCUCUACAGUGGCCACUGAUUUUUAACCCCUUAAGUGGCCACUAAUUCGACUACUAUAAUGGUCACUAAAACGUUAAAACCCUAUAGUGGCCGCUAAGAAUUUUCCCAGUUCAAAAUCUGACCCCUAAGCCACUAACACUCAAGUGGUCCCUAUAGGAGUCCUUUUUCUAAAUUUUGUCGUAAAAUGUCACUAUAGGGGCCACUUUUUCAAGCUUUAUUAUCUCCUAUAGAGGGAGAAAAUGGUCCCUAGAGAGGAGCCUUCAAGGUCUCCUGAGGUUGCCCCUUUAGGGACCAUUUAAUUUCCUCAGAAGGUCAAACUCUUACUUUUUAACAUGUUGAAGCCUCCGAAUUUUCUUCAAGUUUCCCGAUUUCUAGGGACGAAAAGGCGUCGAAUGGGUCAUUGAUCAUCUCAAAAAGGAAUACGACGAUAUUUCCAGUAAAGUGAGAUUUUUGUCCUUUUUUUUAUGGAUGAAUAAGCUUCAGUUUUUCAGGUGACCUCAGAAGUUCAAGGAAUUUCCGGGAAAAUGCGGUCGGCUUUCGGCGCAAAGCCUCAAUAA